GUUGAGACUUUCUCGGCUUCCUGCUCACUGCGGUGGCCGCCCGCUCAUUAGGCCCCAGAGAGGACGCGCCCAGGGUCGUGGCGGGGCCAGCGGGGACCUCGCGCUUCAGCGGGCGACACGGGCUUCCCGGGCGCCGCACCGCGCGGAGGUUGAGGCGGGCGGCCCGGGUGCUCGCGGCGGCCGGGGGCCCCUCGGGCCAGCGCCCGGGGCGAAGUCCGUGGCGCUCGAAGGCGGCCGCGGGGCGGCGCUGCGCCCCUUCCCCCCGCUUGACUGCCGGGCCCCGGGCCGGCCCGCCGCGGGCUCUGCGUGGGCUCCCAGUGCGCGGCCCCUGGGGCGGAGCGCAGGAUGCAGUGCCUCCGCGCCGAGCACCUGGUUUCCACGGAGAGAACCCCCAGGCAAAGACGGUGGCGACCUCAGAUUUAUAGGAAAUGCACAGAUAAGGCCUGGUUGUUCCUGUUCUUUCUCUUUUGGGCUGGUUUGGUGUUCAUCAUGGGCUACUCAGUGACGGCUGGGGCCACAGGAAGACUCCUCUUCGGCUACGACAGCUUUGGCAACGUGUGUGGCAAGAAGAACUCCCCAGUAGAAGGGGCCCCUCUUUCGGGGCAGGACAUGACCCUAAAAAAACACGUGUUUUUUAUGAAUUCCUGCAACCUGGAAGUCAAGGAUGUGAGGUUCAGUUCCACCAUUCUCUGUGUGUCCAGCUGUCCUGAAGAGCAGCUUAAUACCCUGGAAGAGGUCCAGCUUUUUGCAAACACUAGUGGGUCCUUCCUGUGUGUUUAUAGUUUGAAUUCCUUCAACUACACCCAGAAUCCAAACGCAGACUCGCUGUGCCCCAGGCUACCAGUUCCUCCAAGCAAGUCUUUUCCCUUGUUUAAUCGAUGCAUCCCUCAAACGCCUGAGUGUUAUUCCCUGUUUGCAUCUGUUUUGAUCAAUGAUGUUGACGCCCUCCAUCGAAUUCUAAGUGGAAUAAUGUCAGGAAGAGACACAAUCCUCGGUCUCUGUAUCCUCGCCUUCGCCUUGUCUUUGGCCAUGAUGAUCACCUUCCGAUUCAUCACCACCCUUCUGGUUCACAUUUUCAUUGCACUGAUUGUUUUGGGAUUGCUGUUUGUCUGUGGUGUCUUGUGGUGGCUGUAUUAUGACUAUACUAAUGACCUCAGCACAGAAUUGGACACAGAAAGGGAGAAUAUGAAGUGUUUGCUGGGGUUUGCUGUUGUGUCUACAGUUAUCACGGCAGUUCUGCUCGUCUUGAUUUUUGUCCUCAGAAAGAGAAUAAAAUUGACAGUUGAACUUCUCCGAGUCACAAAUAAAGCCAUCAGCAACUCUCCUUUCCUGCUGUUCCAGCCACUGUGGACGUUUGCCAUCCUCAUUUUCUUCUGGGUCACCUGGAUGGCUGUACUCCUGAGCCUGGGAACUGCAGGAGCUGCACAGGUCAUCGAAGGUGGCCAAGUGGAAUAUAAGCCUCUUUCGGGCAUUCGGUAUAUGUGGUGGUACCAUUUAAUUGGCCUCAUCUGGACUAGUGAAUUCAUCCUUGCAUGCCAGCAAAUGACUAUAGCUGGGGCAGUGAUUACAUGUUAUUUCAACAGAAAUAAAAAUGACCCUCCUGAUCGCCCGAUCCUUUCAUCUCUCUCCAUUCUUUUCUGCUACCAUCAGGGAACAGUUGUCAAAGGGUCAUUUUUAAUCACUGUGGUGAGGAUUCCAAGAGCCGUUCUCAUGUACAUCUAUAACACUCUGAAAGAGAAGCAGCACGGUGCCUGGUCGAGUUGUGUGUCUCGUUGCUGCUACUGCUGCUUCCGGUGUCUUGACAAAUGCCUGUGCCAUUUCAACCAGAAUGCAUACACUACAACUGCCAUUAAUGGGACAGAUUUUUGUACAUCAGCAAAAGAGGCACUCAAACUCUUAUCCAAGAAUUCAAGUCAUUUUACAUCUGUUAACUGCUUUGGAGACUUCGUAAUUUUUCUAGGAAAGGUGCUAGUGGUGUGUUUCACAGUUUUUGGAGGACUGAUGGCAUUUAACUACCACCGUGUGCUUCAGGUGUGGGCAAUCCCACUACUAUUGGUUGCUUUUUUUGUCUACUUAGUAGCCCAUAGUUUUUUAUCUAUGUUUGAAACUGUGCUGGAUGCACUUUUCCUGUGUUUUGCUGUUGAUCUGGAAACAAAUGAUGGAUCAUCAGAAAAGCCCUACUUUAUGGACCAAGAGUUUUUGAGUUUUAUAAAAAGGAUCAACAAAUUAAACAAUGCAAGGGCACAGAGAGACAAGAACUCAUUAACGAAUGAAGAGGGAACAGAACUCCGGCCUUUGUAAGAUAAGCGCCCAUCAGGUAUUUGUACCUGGAAAAAGUUUCCUUCUCCUAAGAGCCGUGGGCAGAAUAAACGAUAGGGCCCGACAUGGACCCUAUUCUUCCUCACUGUUUUUGUCCCCACUAUUUGACCACAUUACAAUACUAGAACCAUAAAAGUAUACAACCUUUUUUGUACCGACUGGGACUGAAAAACCUUUUAACAACAUGUUUACGUGGUCAAUUAAAAAGCACAUUAUGUAAAAACUAAUUUAAAGGACAAUUCCUCACUCACAACCAAUAAACCUUAGCAAAAAUCUCUGGAA